AUGUAUGGUCUAUAUGUUACCAGUAAGUGGGCCUACACAGAGUUACCGAAGGUUAUACAGGGCCUACAAGGUUACUAUAAGUCUAUACAGGGCCUACAAGGUUACUGUAAGUCUAUACAGGGCCUACAAGGUUACUAUAAGUCUAUACAGGGCCUACAAGGUUACUAUAAGUCUAUACAGGGCCUACAAGGUUACUAUAAGUCUAUACAGGGCCUACAAGGUUACUAUAAGUCUAUACAGGACCUACUGAGAUACUAUAAGUCUAUACAGUGCCUACAAGGUUACUAUAAGUCUAUACAGGACCUACAAGGUUACUGUAAGUCUAUACAGGGCCUACAGAGCUACUAUAAGUCUAUACAGGGCCUACAACGUUACUAUAAGUCUUUACAGGACCUACUGAGUUACUGUAAGUCUAUACAGGGCCUACAAGGUUACUAUAAGUCUAUACAGGGCCUACAAGGUUACUAUAAGUCUAUACAGGGCCUACAGAGCUACUAUAAGUCUAUACAGGGCCUACAAGGUUACUAUAAGUCUAUACAGGGCCUACAAGAUUACUAUAAGUCUACACAGGGCCUACAGAGCUACUAUAAGUCUAUACAGGGCCUACAGAGCUACUAUAAGUCUAUACAGGGCCUACAGAGCUACUAUAAGUCUAUACAGGGCCUACAAGGUUACUAUAAGUCUAUACAGGGCCUACAGAGCUACUAUAAGUCUAUACAUGGCCUACAGAGCUACUAUAAGUCUAUACAGGGCCUACAAGGUUACUAUAAGUCUAUACAGGGCCUACAAGGUUACUGUAAGUCUAUACAGGGCCUACAAGGUUACUAUAAGUCUAUACAGGGCCUACAAGGUUACUAUAAGUCUAUACAGGGCCUACAAGGUUACUAUAAGUCUAUACAGUGCCUACAAGGUUACUAUAAGUCUAUACAGGGCGUACAAGAUUACUAUAAGUCUAUACAGGGCCUACAAGGUUACUAUAAGUCUAUACAGUGCCUACAAGGUUACUAUAAGUCUAUACAGGGCGUACAAGAUUACUAUAAGUCUAUACAGGGCCUACAAGGUUACUAUAAGUCUAUACAGGGCGUACAAGAUUACUAUAAGUCUAUACAGGGCCUACAGAGCUACUAUAAGUCUAUACAGGGCCUACAGAGCUACUAUAAGUCUAUACAGGGCCUACAAGGUUACUAUAAGUCUAUACAGGGCCUACAAAGUUACUGUAAGGCCUACUGGCCUUAUAGCUACAGUUACCAUUAA